UCAUGACACAGUCCUUUCUUUUCUUUUUUUGUAUAUCAAUAAAGUUUUGUUUAUAAAACUCAUUUCCGUCUUUCUCAUCUAAUAUAUGUCGCGAAAUACAACCUAUCUACCUCGUUCAUCUUCAUACUCUUCAAGAUCUAAUAAAAGUAGUCUGACAGUAUCCUCUUCCUCCUCCUCAUCUUUUGUAAGAGGAUUAUCAAUAGUUCCAGCGAGUCAACAACCCAAUAAUACGAUGUCUUCCUAUAGUGAAUACAGUCGGCCCCCAUCAUAUUAUUCUUCGUCAACAAGCGAUAACGACCGUCGAUAUCAGCAAACUUUACCCGACAUUCCUUCUUUCUCAUCUGCCGAGUAUUAUAAAUACAAUAAUGCAACUUCACCUCGUCUUUAUCCAUCGAGUGCUUACAGAGUAGCUUCAUCUUAUAGGGAUGACCAAGUGGAUACAAAAAAUUCUUAUGUUGAUGAAACCAUCCCUGGCGGAAAAAUCGACCCAUACUUAUCCACUAGUACCAACGACUUAGUUUUUCCACCUACGCCAGAUAUGAUACAAAAAACCAAAAUGUUGCUAUUGGAAACCGAGGAAUCCUUCACGGUUAUUUAUGCUGGUGACGCUAUUUACAAACCUGACAAGGGGAUUUUAAACAAGACCAAGAAGUGCCAUUUUGUUUUGACUGAUAACUUCAUUCUCUUGUAUAAAAACUCUCAAAAAGCGAGAUCCGAGAUUAAUUUUUUUGAUUUGGCUGACCAAAGCUUAGAUAACAAGACAUUGGAUAAAGACCGUAUUUUCCUAAAACUGAGUCACAUCUAUGCUGUGCAUGCUAUAGUAGCAACGAUACAAACCGCGUUUCGAAUCGAAUACUUUCACCCGCAGUCAAAUCAGGCGCUUCACCAUAUACUGACAGUAGAUACACAAAAAGAAUGUCGCCAAUGGAUUCAAGCGCUCCGACAAUCGGUGAAAAUCCAUCACCCUCGUAUUACAAGUCUUUCGCCUCUGGAGAGAAACAAUGUCAUCGAUCGCUUAACAAAACAAAGCGACCAUUUUCCAAAAUCUGAACAAAUCAAGACUUACAAGGUGGUGUUUAAAGAGAAACGAUAUAAAGCAGGUAGCGAUACGGCUAAGGAGGUGUUUUUACCCAUGAUCUUUGCUAUUGGUAAAUUCAGUUUUUACUUCUUACCCGUGAGUAUCAUCGAUGAUGAAUAUCUUAAGAUGGUAGAACGCGAUCGAUUUGGUUUGUUAUCAAUCACAUCCAUAAAAUACGAAGAUAAAGAUGACACAAUUGUUCUCGAGGUUAAACAAGUAGACAAAAACAAUCGCCAGUUAGUGUUUGCUUCAUCAUUCUGUGAAGAAAUCAUACAAAAUCUUCAGCGUGCCGUGGAUUCAAUUUUUCCCCAUUCUAGUUUAUUUACAUCGCAUGUUCCACCCCGAAUUAAGAAUACAAAAAUAAUUCCCUUUCAAAUACCUGUGGAUCCUGAGGAUGAAGUUACAGGACAUGAUGAUGAAGAAAUGCAUCGAUUUAGUACCACACUCAGAGCGUUUACAGCUGCCAUGAAUCUCAACAAAUCCCGUUUGAAUUAUUCCUUAGAUGGUGCCUCAAAAUUAAAAGUCUUUACACUGUUGCCACCCAGCGAAAUCAGUUCUUUUUCUUCUCCUUAUCAAAAAUACGAGCUAUUGUGUAUUUUUAGGACGCUGCAAGUCAACAAUAUUUUUGUUGAGGUAUGCUUUGCAAAUCAUACACUUCAUUGUUUAGAAUCUUGGCGGAUCCAAACAAACCAAGGCUGGACCGAAAAUACAACUUUAAGAGGCGAUAAUAUCCUUUCCAAUGAAAUCUACGACCUCUUGACCAACCUGAGCUUAUUACGAAAGCUGGAUCUUUCUAAUUGCUCCAUUGGAAAUCCUAUAGCUGAUACCCAGCAACCAAUACGUCGACAUACUGCUCUUUCUAUUAUCGGUACUGUCAUGUCUUCUGGGAAGACAAAUAUUAGUCGCAUUCGUCUUGGAGAGAACAAAAUGGCAGAAACCGAUCUCAGAAAAUUGACCAAGGGUAUUAAAGAGCACAAAAAAUCUAUCAAGGAGCUUGAUCUGAAUGACUGUGGUCUUGAAAAAGAUCUAAUCGAAUUGGUAUUAAAGACAUUAUACGAGAAGAAUCCGGAUCAGAUAAUUUGUUUGGAUUUGUCAAGCAGUAAUGGAAUUGCUAUUCACCCCGAUUUGGUACAAAAGAUGAUACACUCAUUUAGGAGGUUACGCGUACUACGUAUGCGAGGAUAUAAUUUAUUGGGAAUGGAUUAUAAUUUUCAGUUAGAAAGCAGUCAUCUUCAAGAACUAGAUUUGGGUGGAUCCAGAAUGAAUGGUGAUAUUGUAAAUCGACUAUGCCAAUGGAUUCAAUCACCGUCUUUUCAAAGCAUUGAAGCACUUCAUCUGGGUGAUUGUAACCUGAACGGCAAAAAUGUUCAUCAUAUCUUACAAAGUAUAAGCUUAUCUCGCAACCGUGACAUGCAUCUUAAUCUAGAGCGUAAUCCAAUUAUGAAGGAGGUAAUGCACUUGCCGACUCUCUAUUCAUCCAUUUUACAGGGCGAAGGCCCGAAGUCUCUCUCACUUGCGCGUAUUGAAUGGGAUGACUCUACAUUACGGGAGUGGAUCGACUGUUUAAGAGACAACCAGACAAUUUCUCAUUUAGAUUUAUCAGAUAUCAGCAUGAGAGAUACGGAUGAAAUUUCAGAAGACACGGUGCGUAUUUUGACGUCUUUCUUUGAAAGAAACCGGGUAAUGACAGAGCUUAAACUUAAUCUCCAACAUACCAUAGAGCCCCUUUCUCCAUUUUUCAAGAAAAGUCAAUUCAAAUCAGUUAUUUGUAAAGCCAUUAUUCAAGCGCUUCACGGUCUUCGCCACAACAGCUGUCUCCGCCACAUUGAUUUAUCCGGUCUAAGAUUUGGAGACGAAGGAGCAUUAGCUUUGGCUCGUGUGUUAAACACCAACCGUACAUUGCAAUCCAUUUGUCUUGAUGAGAAUCAUAUUUCCAUUGAAGGAUAUCGUAAACUCAAAACAGCCAUUGAAGAGAAUGCUACACAAAUCAUUUACCUGCCUAUUCCACGGAAGGACAUACGUUUCCAACUUCAACACUUAACAUUCCGAAUUGAAGAUUUGAUUAUUUCCGAGAACGAGUCUCAAUUUUUUCUUAUUCAUACAACCGCCAGUGAUAGCAAGAAAAUGAAAAGACAUGAGCUCGAAAUGAUCAUUCAAGAACGUCGUAUCUGUGAAGCCUCCCUCAAAAACUUGGAAGGCGUCAUGCAUGCUAUCGCCGUUGUUGUCAGAAAAAACGUCAAGGAAUAUGAGGAACAAAAUUACCGUAAUAGAGAAUUUCAGUUACAGUCUCAAAAUGCGACAGAUGAACUAUCAAUGGCACAGGUGCGUCUGCAACAGACUGGGAGAUCAUUUAGUGGUACAAAUCUUAGUGCUGUAGGUGUACUACCCCGCCCAAGAAGAAAUUUGAGUAGCAGUAACGCCAGUACCACUAGUAGUACUAAUAGCAGUAUUUGUAAUUCAGUUUCGUCAAGAAGGGGGAGUGAUGCCCACUAUCAGCAGAACAUUAGAAGAUCGGUGCUAGCUUCAAACCCUUUUAAUAAUCACAGCAGUUAUUACCAGAAUGGUGAUUCUCGGAUGUACUUAUCGCGAAAUAUCAACAGUCAUAUGGAUGAAGGGAUAUUAGGUAAGCCUCAUUCAUAUGAUAGCAAUCAAAUGCUACAGUCUCCUAUCACACCAAGUAUGGAGUAUCCAGGUUCAUACUAUCAAUACCCGCAAGCCGAUCAGGCUUACGCUGACGGGCCUUCAUCCCCCGAUGUCUACAGCAUGGAUGAUCCAGGAUUCAUUAGUGAUUUUGGGUAUGCAGAUGAUUACGAGCAAGAAUUUUUUGAGUCAAACCACCCACGUCAUAUGCACCAGCAGAAGUUUGCAGAUCAAAGCUCUACUUUUGACGAAGAUAUUGUAGUGGAGAAACUUAACCGUGUGAUGUACCUCCCACCAGAUUCCAGAGACUGAGAUUACAUAAGCAAUUUCCCUUGAUAUAUUCUGAAACAAACAACAAAAAAACAAACAAUCAUAAAUAAACAAUUAUCUAAUUUUGACAUAA